GAAUGGCGUAUAAAUAUUAAUAUCACAUUGGCGAAGCUGAUACCAUUCGAUAGGCUGUGAUCAAAGUUAGUGGACUUGCCAAAUUUGUAUAUCAAAAAUGGUCGGUACAAAAGUUUUCUGUGUUUUGCUGGCUGUGGCCACCGCCUUUAAUGGAAGAGCUGCCGCACUGGAGUGCUACGUGUGUCGAGGCUGCGCGGAGGUGACCCCAGCCGAGAUUCAAACCUGCGGCGCCGAGGCAACCACCGACGACCCGGCAGGAGUCACUGAUGCCGACACCUUCGAUGUGCCCAGCGCGGCUGAAUUGUUCCAGGUGGCAAAAGUGCCAUACUUGGAGGAGAAGGACGAGGAGGUGCCCACAUUCGUGCUGGACAACUCGGAGCUCCCGGGCUCCAAGUUCCUGUCUCGAGGCCUGAAGCAGUACCGGGAUGGAACCAGCGACGCGCGCUGUGUGGUCGCUGUGUUCACUGACAACCAAGGUGCCACGGACGUGGUGCGCGGAUGUUCGACCGUGUCGGACGACAAGGAGCUACGUUGCAGGGAAGCCGUGGGUAAUGACUACACUGGAGCAUUUUCCUUCUGCCACCUCUGCGAGGAAGAGCUUUGUAACUCUGCGGCCGUGUCUACAGCGGCAUUCGUAACUGUCAUUGUGGGUGUUAUCCUCAACUUGACCUAUUUUUAGGUGUGUUUGGUAACUAGUGUGUUAAAUUAUUAUGAAUAGUUGAGAGAAAUAUUUACUUACUUACCAAGUUCAAGUAAUGGGCAGAUGUUAUGCUGAAAUUACAGGAAAUUAUCCGAAAAGAAUGUUUAUUAUUAUUUUAGGGGUGGGGUGGGAAUUGUUUUUGCAUAACUAACAAGAUCUGAGAAAUUGAAUUUAACUAAAUUUCUUUUCAAUAAUAAAGAGUAUUUUUUUAUUUAUAUUUACUAUCCAUAA